AUGGUCGGUAUCGCUGGUGGCGCACCAUCUAAGAAGCAUGAUAUUCGCCUCGGCGAUGUGGUCGUCAGCAGCCCGAGCCAUGGACAUGGUGUUCUCCAAUACGAAUUUGUCAAACGCAUCCAGAACCAAGAACACGCAAGGCAAGGGCCUCUUAAUCUACCGCCGUCAUCGUUACGGGCUGUCGUGGCCGCCUUGCAGACCGAGUACAAGGAACGGGGCCAUGAGGUUGAUAGGACCAUCAAGGCAAUUCUGCGGGAAAGGCCGCAGCUGCGAUAUGGGUUCCGGAAACCAGACCUCACUACUGACCGGCUGUAUAAAUCUGAAGUCACACACCCCGCCAACAACGAAGGAUGCUGCGACGAAGUAUGUGGCACUCAGCUUGAAAAGCUGGUGGAGCGGAAACAGCGCUCUUCUCGUCAGGAUAACCCUGCGAUCCACUACGGCGUAGUUGCGUCGGGGAAUUCGCUGAUAAAGGAUGCCAUGCUUCGAGAUAACUUGGCUUUAGAGGAUGGGGUUUUGUGUUUUAAAAUGGAGGCGGCCAGGUUAAUGAACUGGUUUUCCCGUUUGAUUAUUCGCGGUAUAUGCGACUAUGUGAGGGCUUACGGAAGGGAGCUAUAG